AUGCUGUACGACGACAUGUCCAAGCUGAUGCUGCUACUGUGUUUUGCAUUGCUACACACAGCGGUAAUAACCGCGAAAACUCACGACAAAACAAAUGGUCCGAACUGCCAGAAUUUCUCCCAAGGAGUGACAUUCAAUGAGUCGGAGGCGAUCGGCACGUGGCACUUACUGCACUUUAUAACUGAGAAGGAAAAAGGCUCGGGUGACCCGCACUGUGUUGAGUUUAUCCCAGUCGAUGAACAGGAAAGAAACAAGUUACAAGAUCGCAUCGGUAAAUACGUUGAAAAUCUCAACUGGGAUACAAUUUCGCUUAAAAUGGAAAUACCUUGCAAAAGUUUAAACAGCAAUAAAACCAGAGAUUAUUACUUGGAGAGGCUGGAGAAUAACGGAUCUUAUAGGACCCUACAAAUGCCACCAGCGUCAGCGAAGUUAGAUCUAGCUGAAUUCCACCGUUAUCCGAUGAGGCUGAAGAUCAUUGAAGGACAAUAUCUCGGUAUGAUAGACUGUCAUGAGAAAUUCGUGUUUCUUCUUGGCAAACAACCGCCUGAAGGGAAAAAGCUUGACGAGAAAGUGAAAAAAAUGAUAGAAACGUACUGGCCUGAGGAAUAA